GUUUUCUAUCAGAUCAAAACAAGUUUAAAUAUGGAGAACAUCGACAUUUAUUCAGACCUCUCUCAAGUUGGAGAAGAGGAUGAAGUAAAGGAAAUAAUGUCAAAUAUCGGAAGGGGAGGGAGGUAUGUUUCCGCAGGAGAUAUAGAAAUAGAAGAUGAUGGCAAGAUGGAGCCUGCCAGUGUUGGGUUUCAGGAGAAAAGGAUUCGACGUGAGAUUGCGAAUUCUAACGAGCGGCGACGAAUGCAGAGUAUCAACGCCGGGUUCUCCAGUCUUAGAUCCCUCCUACCCCACCAUGAGGGCGAAAAGCUUAGUAAAGCAGCAAUUCUGCAGCAAACAGCAGAGUAUAUAUAUAGUCUUGAACAGGAGAAAACAAGGUUGCUGAGUCAGAAUUGCCAGCUGAAAAGGCUGCUGGGACAAACCCAGCACAUGGUUGAAUCUGAUGAAACAGAUUCAGGACCAGCGCCAAAACGUCGUCUGAUUGAUACCGGACAGAAAUUACUUUUUGACGUAAGUCCCUGGAGUCUCAAGUUUAUCCUACUGGAAGAAAGAUACUGGAGAAGUUUACCAUUGAUGACAGAGUUGAAAUCAUUGACGGUACUGAGUACUGAGUACCAGACUAUUCUAACCCCUGGAGCUAAGAAGCAGGGAGGAAUGGAAACCCUGGUUCUACAGGCAGGAGAUAGAUUACCAAGUAUCAUACAGUGUGCCAUGAAGGAUGUAAAUAAGGAUGGAACCCAAGCUGUAGAGAUCGCCAAUGUACAGGAUCCUGUCACUGGAGCUACCAGGCAGUAUAUUUUGACCCAGAUGGGAGAUAACACUUCGAAACAGAAUCUUGAAACUAUUGUGGAGGCAAUUCGACAUUUGGAGGGAGAUCAUUUAUUUUCGGAGGAAUCCGGCCCACAUCAGGUGGUGAAGGAGGAGGUGGUGGAGUCCACUAUCUCCUUGAACGAGGAUUCCACCAUGGUAGAGAUGACUCUCCCCAGUCUUAAUUCAUUACCGAGCAUAACAACAUUACCACACAUACCGAUGAGUUUGGGAAAUAUUUCUCUCCCAACAGUACCGGUUAGUUUCACGCUAACUACAACGGGUAAUGCCGGAAGUAUGGCUCUGCUUCCUCAGGUUCCUGUCAGCAUCUCACACCUUGACAACAUCACCAAGCUACCAGUUGUCAGCACCAUCCAGCAUCUUGAGCUGUCACAGCUCCCUGUUGUCAGCGGUAUGGGGAAGCUGACAAGUUUGAACCACUUGGGGAACCCAGCAACCAUCUUAUCUACAGAUACUAUCGAGCUUCCUAAUAUAGGACCCCCACAGACAUCUCCUGUAAACCUGGAGCUGGCAGGAGGAGGAGAACUAGGAGAAGAAGGCGAGGUGGAAGGAGGGGAUGUGGGAGGAAGCAUGACACCGACAAGUGAUGUAUCUGGAACCGAACAUCAGGAUCAUAUUUCCAACUCUCCUCCACAAUCCAGUCCGGUCAACUUGGCGCAGUCGCAAUCAGCUGACCAUUAGGAGAUCAACUGACUCAAGCAGGCCUGAAAUGGAAGAAACCUCGCAUUUGGAGGCAGAUACAACGUCAUCUUAAGACACUUAAAAAGUGACCCCUGACCGACCUCCUAUUUUAUUCUACCGCAAGGCCUGUUAGAGCAGCUGACGCGAGAAAAUCCGCGAAAUAUUUGUCUGGGGAAAAAUUAAUCUGGGGGAUUUGAUGUGAAUACGUGAUGUACAGAAAAUGGACAGUUUUUAAAUUUGUCACAAAACAGACCUUGGUCAAUCAAAUGAUGUUUUUAUUUUCAAAGCCCAAGUGUGUCUCGAGAAACUUUUUCUGUUUUCUUAACGUUUUUUCCUGCAGGCUGCAACCAGUGGUUUAACCAUAUCUGAAAUUGAUCAGAAAUCCUCCAGAAGUUAAUUUUGUAAAACCGGGUUCUCGUGACACCCUUUGAGGCCUUGUUUACGUCCUGUGUGUAAUCUGCAGUGCAGUGUUCCGUAUGAUGUAUGUUUGUACAUGUGUACUUUUUAUGUAAACGGACCUAUUAGCGUGUACUGUGUACAUGUGUUUUAUGGCGUUUUUUCUUUCAAAUUUUUGUUAAAUCCUUUAAAAAUUAGGCUUAAAUUUAAUUGUUCGGUUCUUCUUUAGAAUUGGCUUUAUUAAAAGUUUGCUCCGAAAUCGUUUUAUAUAAUUUUAAUCAAAUAUAUUAACUUUUUGUUUA